AGAGCACCCAGCACUCCGUUCUCCCCAACAGCCAGGAUCUUUUUCUCAGCCUGACUGAAGUACCCUCCCAAGCUAAUAUCCAAGACCAUGACCCCAUGGAAGGGACCUCAGCAGCUGCAAAUUCUUCAAGCCUCCCUCCUCCGUCCCGAAGGCUUUCACAGAUAAGGCGUUGGAAAAAGAAGACGCGAGACGAUAUGUUCGCAGAAAUCGUGGAAUCCACCCGCAGUGACAGAGCUCAUCUGAAUGAGUGGAAGGACACGGUUUCAAAGUAUAGGAAAGAAGCCAGUGAACGUGAGGACAUGAGGGACCAACGUGAGGAAAGGAGAGACGCUCGAGAUGAGAGGUGGCGGCAGGAAGAUCAGAGGAGGCAGGAUGCAACGCUGGGGCUGCUGCGUGAGCAAACAGACAUGCUCCGGCGUCUGGUGGAGCUUCAGGAAUGGCAGCAGGAUAACAGAGUGCCGCUAUAGCCCCUGUAUAACCCUCCCUCCUCCCUCACCAUGUUCCAUAGCCUCCUCACCCAGACGUGUAAGAACGCGGGGGGCGGGGAGAGGCUCUGUACACCUUCCCAUUCCACCCCAGUGGACAGCCCAAGCAAAAGGCUGUCAUUUUUUUAACCUUUUUUUAGUGGCCUUUUCCUUCCCGCCGAUCCUCCUCCCAAA